AUGAUUUCUAUAGAUAUGUCUCCAAUGGAUCACGAAACUGCCAAAAGCCCGCCUGCCAAGUACGACUCAGACUACUUUGAAGAAAAGGAUGCGGGAUUCGAGGAAGUUUCUCCGGGUACCUUGCUCUCAGAGCCACACAAAUCCUACUUGAUCCAACGACAUGGCACGUUGGACCUCGAUCCGAUUCCUAGCAUGGACCCAGCAGAUCCAUACAACUGGGCCUCCUGGAAGAAAAUCACAAACCUAGCUCUCGUGGCAUUCCAUGCGUGUAUGGGCACUUUCACUGCAGCGGCCAUCAUUUGUGCCUACGAGAACAUCGCCGAGGAUUUGGAGGUCUCCAUUCAGCGAGUUAGCUAUCUCACUUCACUGCAGAUCGCUAUUCUCGGAGGUGCACCCCUGUUUUGGAAGCCGCUCUCACAUCGGUUCGGACGCCGUCCGAUUUUCCUCUUAUCACUACUUUUGAGCUGUGUCUGCAACGUUGGCUGUGCAAAGAGUACUGAUUAUGCCUCCAUGGCGGCAUGUCGAGCCCUCGUUGCAUUCUUCAUCUCACCUGCCAUGGCUAUUGGAAGUGGUGUUGUCACUGAGACUUUCUUCAGACAUGAGCGUGCACGCUAUAUGGGCGUGUGGACCUUGAUGGUGACACUGGGAGUUCCAGUCGGACCUUUCAUCUUCGGCUUCGUCGCGCAGCGCGUUGGAUACCGCUGGAUUUACUGGACAUUGGCCAUCACAAAUGCUGUCGAGUUCAUUUUAUACAUUUUCUUCGGUCCUGAAACACGUUACAUUGGUGGUGAUGUCCAAUCACGUUCAUCGGCAAUCAAGACGGAGUACAUGUCACUUCGUCGGAUCGACCCUACACCAUUCAAGCUCAGAGAAUUCUGGCACCCCCUCACUCUCUUCACGAACAUUCCUGUUCUCCUUGCGGCGAUCGCCUACUCCAUGGUUUUCCUCUUCUGCUCAGUACUGAACUCGGUCGAAGUUCCUCAAUUGCUCCAAAGCAAAUUCGAACUCAACGCCCAACAACUUGGUCUUCAGUUCCUGGGACUGAUCAUUGGUUCCCUAUUGGGUGAACAGCUCGGUGGAUACAUGUCGGAUUUAUGGAUGAACACCCGCGCCAAGAAGAUCGGACGAAAGCCUGCACCAGAAUAUCGACUUUGGUUGAGCUAUAUCGGUUUUCUCUUGAGUAUUGCCGGUAUGGUCGUGUUCUUGGUCUGCACAGAGCAAGCAAAGACUGGGAAAUGGGAUGUCCGACCCAUUGUUGGAACAGGCGUUGCCGCCUUCGGUAACCAGGUCGUCACCACCGUUCUGACUACCUAUGCAGUGGACACAUAUCCCCAAGAUUCUGGCAGCGUUGGCGUAUUCAUUAACUUCGUGCGAUCAACUUGGGGAUUCAUUGGACCUUUCUGGUUCACUUCGAUGUUCGAGAGUGUUGGUAUUGCCGCAAGCUCUGGCGUGGCUGCUGCUCUGAUAAUGGGUGCUGGGUUCUUGCCGAUGGCUCUGAUGCAUUGGCAAGGACAGAAGUGGUACAGCAAGGCGGUUUGA